AUGCCGCCGUCGAGUUCAACCAUUGCAUUUUCGUUAAUCCUCCAAAACGCUCGAGAGCUGUGGAAGGAGUGGGAGCUGCGGCUGCUCGUCCUCCUCAGCUUGUUCCUCCAAUUGACCCUUGCGACUCUCGGCUUCCGAAGGAAAUCCAUCUACAAGUACUGGAUCCAAGUCGUGGUCUGGACGACGUACCUGUCGGCCGACUCCAUCGCAACCAUCACGCUCGGUGUCCUCUCGAACCGCCUGGCCAACCUCAAGGAAGCGAUGGGGUCGAUCGAUCCGAAGAGCCAGAUCACUGCUUUCUGGGCCCCGUUCCUUCUCGUCCACUUGGGCGGGCCCGACGCAAUCACCGCGUACGCCUUGGAGGACAAUGAGCUAUGGUUAAGGCAGUUGGCGCGGCUUUGCGUCCAGGUAGGACUCGCUUGUUACAUCUACUUCAUGGCCUUGUCGGGGUCUACGCUGUCGAUAUUAGCGGCCAGCAUGACCCUGGUGGGGUUCAUCAAAUAUGCAGAGAGGACAUUGUGUUUGUGCUUGGCAAGUGAAAAUCGACUUCGAGAUUCGAUGCUUUCGCUUCCCGAUUUUGGUCCCAUAUACCCCAGGAUAAUGGAGCAGUACACUCUGAAGAAAGAGGAGGGUUACCGAGUCGGCAUCGACGAGGUCACGGAGGUUCCGGCUCCGGAGGAUCUCUCAGUGAACAGCGGUCAGGCCAACAAUGGAGGGAAAGCCACGACUCUGGUCAAAGCCUACGAGUUGUUCAAGAUCUUCAAACUUCUCUUCGCGGGCCUCAUCCUCAACUCUGGCGACCUGGAGGGCAGCAAGCGCAUGUUCAUGAACCCUGGGAUGAACUCAGAGACGGCUUUCGAGAUCGUGGAGAUCGAGCUCGGGUUCAUGUACGAUCUGCUCUACACCAAGGCAAUGUUGCUGAGCCGUGCUUGGGGCAUCAUUCGUUGCAUCAUCAAUCUCUCGGCGCCGUGUGCCGUGCUGGUGUUUUUCUCCUUACAGGAUAGGAAGGAUUACCCCAAAGCUGACGUCUGGAUCACCUUCUUGCUGAUAAGCGCCGCCAUUCUUUUAGAGAUUUACUCAGUUCUUCUCGCAAUUUCGUCCGACUGGGUCCAACACUGGCGGCUUCAGAGACCCAGGGCAUCCGCAAUUUCGUCCGUGGUGGCUUUUUUCCGGGUCUUCCAGCACCGAAGAUGGUCUAAUUCCGUGGCCCAGUUUAGCCUCUUGGGACUAUCUAUCAGGCCAAGAAGCGGGAUCUUCAGCAAGUAUCCGACUCUUGCCAAGUUAGACGAGAAGCUGCAGAAGAACUUCUACGUCAGUUACAAAGAGUUCAAGAGCAACGUCAAAGAAUGGAUCUUUGGUCACGUGAAGAAAACAGUCAAAGAUCUGGGACCGAGCAACGGAGGGAAGAGCUGGUUGAUGAGCCUUAAGCUGGAGACUAGCGGAAGGCUGACCUGGAUGAACCUGGAUGAGCUGAACUGGAGUGUGAAAGAUAUGGAGUUCGACCAGAGCAUCCUCGUCUGGCACAUAGCGACUGAGCUCUGCCACUACAAGGACCAUGGCAAGAGGGAGGGCAAAAAACCGGAAGACGUCACCAACUUCAAGAUGAGUAGGUUGGUCUCUCAGUACAUGAUCUAUCUUUUAGUCCUCCAUCCUUCCACGUUGCCAACAGGGAUAGGGAUGCUCCGAUACGAAGACACUUCGGUCGACGCUCAGAAGUUCUUCGAGGACAAGCGAGCGGUGCUGUCGAGGAAAGAAACCAGCCUCAUCUCGUUGGAUGUCCGGAAGUGGGCGCGGAAAUUACUCAAGAAAGGGGAGCCUUCCCACACCAGUGAAAGCUGCAACAAGAAGCACAAGUCAGCGGCAACGCAUGAUCUAUGCGAAGCUUGCCAUCUUCUGCUCCAAGUGGGGACUCAGCUGCCCGCCUGGAAAAUACGCGGCGGCAAAAGCAGGUCGGUGCUGUUCGAUGCGUGCAGCCUCGCGUCCCAGUUGAACAGAAACGAGCUGAACGACUUCGGCAGUAAAUGGGAGUUGAUCGGGAAGGUCUGGGCCAACUUCCUGAUGUACGCGGCUUGCCAGAGCACAGGCUUCGAGCACUCCGAGAGCCUGAGCCGAGGUGGAGAGCUUCUCAGCCACGUUUGGCUUCUGAUGGCGCAUCUCAGCAUUACGGAUCCGGCACAGACUUCCGAAGCACAAUGCAUUACCAAGCUGACCGUGAAAUAG